AUGGGCUGGGGAUUUGAAGUAGUGUUGGAAUCAUGGGAUAGUUUGAGGACUACAGGGUUUGUUUUGAAUACACGGACAAAUGCCUGGAAAGCCUUAGAAGCCAUUGGUGUUGCUGAUGCUCUUCGGCUAAUAAAUUACAGAUUUCGUGGGAGUGUUGCUUACUCAACCAUUUCUGGGCUUCCAGUUUUUGGAAUUUCAUUUAAGGCCAAAGGAAAAGAAGGAGACCAUGAAGCUCGUUGUGUGCAAAGGAGGCUGUUGUUGGAAUCCCUUGCAAAUGAACUUCCUAGUGGCACAACCAGGUUCUCAUCAAAAGUUGUUUCAAUCGAAGAAUCAGGCUACUUUAAGCUUCUGCAUCUUGCUGAUGGAACCAUCCUUAAAGUUAAGAGAGUCUUGGUUGGGUGUGAUGGAGUCAACUCUGUGGUUGGAAAAUGGCUAAACUUCAAGCAGCUAUCUUUUACAGGAAAAUCCACUAUUAGAGGUCAGGCAAACUUCAAGAGCAAUCAUGGGUUUGAUCCCAAAUCCAUGCGGUUCUUCGAGCAUGGUGUUAGAUCUGGUGUCAUCCCUUGUGAUAAAAAAAGAUAUAGAUCCUUAAAUUUGUUGUUUACUGCUCAUGUCUUAGAGAAAGGUUUGGAAGAGAAUCCAGCUCAAUUGAGGCAAUUUGUGUUGAGCAAGCUAGGAAAGAUUCCUGAUGCAGUAAGGGCUACUAUAGAAAACACUGAACUGGAUGCUUUUAUAUUGUCUCCCUUGAGAUAUAAACCUCCUUGGGAGGUUCUUUGGGGACAGCUAAUGUGGUUGGUUUUGUUGGAAAGUGAGCUAAAUUAG